AUGAAACACCUGUGGGCAGACAGGUGGCCGCGCCGCCCGCUGCGCAUCCGGGGCUGGUGGGCGCGCGCGGGGGCUGUGCGUUUCUUCACUCCCGCACCCGCUCUCCGAGAGCCCUUUAAGGCGCCGGCGCGGCGCUUGCGUGUAAUAGCGAAGCGACACGUGGCCGCACUCACUGGGCGCCCUCCCCCGAGCUGCUGCGUGGCCAUGGACAUAGGCGCCGACGAGUUUGAGCAGAGCCUCCCUCUGCUGCAGGAGCUCGUCCUGGGCGCGGACUUCGUGGGUCUGGACAUAGAAUUCACCGGCCUUCGUUCUAACCUUUCUGGGCCCCAGCAGAUCAGUCUGUUUGACUUGCCAUCAGAGUGGUACCUAAAGACCCGUCAGAGUAUUCAGCAAUUCACCAUCUGUCAGAUCGGAUUGUCUGUGUUCUCCAGUAUUGAAGGCGAGUUGAACAAGUAUGUAGCUCAUUCUUGUAACUUCUUCCUCUUCCCUACAACAUUUGGGGUUUUGGACUCAGAGUUCUCUUUCCAGGCUUCCAGUGUUCAGUUUUUGAAUCAGUAUGGCUUCGACUAUAACAAGUUUCUCAAAAAUGGAAUCCCCUAUAUGAACGAAGAACAGGAGAAGAAAAUUAAGCACAACAUCCUGACUGGGAACUGGAAAGUUCGCAGCUCUCUGGACAAAGACCAGAUCAAGGUGGUGAUUGACGAGGUGACACGCUGGCUGGAACUGGCGGAGGAAGGGGACUGGAUGACCCUCCCUGGUAUCGCUGGCUUCCAGGCCUUCGAGGUCCAGCUCGUCCUGAGGAAGGCCCUCCCUGAGAUCUGGACGGUGCUGAGAGACCAAGGGGUGAUUGUGAAGAAGGUGAGUACGCAGCACCGCUGGUAUCUGGAGAACACCUCCUGUGACCGAGAGAGCUGCUGGAAGGAGAAGAUCCUUCUCUCUGCGAGGGGCUUUUCUGUGUUUUUCCAGAUGCUGGUGAAAGCCCGGAAGCCCUUAGUGGGACAUAACAUGAUGAUGGACCUGCUGCAUCUCCACGAGAAGUUCUUCAGGCCUCUCCCAGAAAGCUACGAUGAAUUUAAGCUGAAUAUCCACAACCUAUUUCCUGUUCUCAUUGACACCAAGAAUGUGACAAAGGAUAUCUGGAAGGAACUCAAUUUCCCAAGGGUUUCAAAUCUCUCAGAAGUUUAUGAAGUCCUGAACAGUGACUUGAACCCCACCAAGAACUCCGGGCCGGUGAUCAUUCAUGCCAGCAGGUGUGAGAAGUACGUGGAGACCAAGUACCCCCACGAAGCAGCGUACGACGCCUUCCUGUGCGGGUCAGUUCUGUUGAAAGUGGCGCACCUGCUCCUGUGGAAGGUACACAGCGCUGUUCCCAUCCCCGAGCCCAGCUUCCCGCUCUACCUGGAUGUCCUGGCGCCCUAUGUGAACCAGGUGAAUCUUAUCCGAGCCGGGGUCCCCAAAAUCAACUUUGCGGGCCCAGACUCCCCUAGCAUCCGCCCCCCCAUCCUCAUCCUCACCGUCAGGAAGUGGCCGGGGGUCAGCGAGCAGCAGGUCUACCGCGAGUUUCAGAACUUCUGCAAAUUCGACGUCAGGAGGCUCACGCGGAGCCAGUUCUUGCUCAUGACCAAUAAGUUCAAGGACACUCGGAGCAUCCUGAAGGAGUACAAGUGCCACCCGACACUGCGGAUCUCCCUGUACCGCUACUGGAGACACUCCCCGAACGUCAACUGCCUGCUACAAGUCUGCGGCGUCAUUACCACCUGGGCCUUCAUCGCGUUUCUCCUGGGAGGAGCUGGCCCCUGA